AGGAGUUCUGUUGCGCUUUGCUACGGCCAGUCAGAUUUGUAAGCAGAAACUCAAAGCCUUUUUUUAGCAUAUAAACUUACCAAUAAAUUCAUUAGUCAGUCACAGUCGGUAUAAAAAUCUAUUUGUUUAGUGGCUUUGUUAACAGUUAUCGCUGCCCAUCGGGUGAGUGCGUAUAAUAUUAAUAUUCAUCGAAGUUGUAUUAAAUCAUCGAAACUUCGCUGGAAUCUGCAACAAUAUGAAGAGCUCUUUCAGUACCGAGCUGUUUUUAUUACUGAUGUGCGGUGUGUUUGGUGCUGAAACAGAAGAAGUGAAGUCAGUGUCAGUGAUGAAGGGGGGUUCUGUCACUCUGAACCCUGAACGCAAUCAAACACAGGGAUUUAUUAAGAUAGUGUGGAGGUUUGGAGAUAAAGGUAUAAUCAUUGCUGACAGUUCUGAAAAAGUUACCUUGGUAAAUGAAACUGAGAGAUUCAGAGACAGACUGCAGCUGGAUCUGACUGGAUCUCUGACCAUCACGGACAUGAGAACCGAACACUCUGGACUUUAUAAAGUAAAGAUCGACUACAGCACUGGGACCUCAUAUAAGAAAUUCAGUGUUACUGUUUUAGAACCAGGAGGGUCUUCAGGUGCUAUUGCAGGAACAUGUGUUACUGUUUUGCUGGUAGCUGCAGCUGCUGUUGUUUAUUACUAUCGCCACAGAAUCUGUGAUCUAAAGCGUUUAAUGGAACCUGAGAUCUCUGAACAAAUGUUAAACAAGAAUGAAGACACGACCGCUGAACAACUUUGCAAAAAAUAUGAAGAGAAGAUUUUGUCAGUAAUGGAGGGAGAAUCUGUCACUCUAAAAAUUGAUGCUGAAAUAAAGGGAGAUGAUCAGAUCCUGUGGAUGUUUGGUCCUCAAGAGACUCUCAUAGCUGAAAUCAAAAGCGAAACCAGAGAGAUCACUACCUUUGAUGGUAUUGAUGGGAGAUUCAAAGACAAACUGAAACUAGUCAAGACUGCAUCACUGACCAUCACAAACAUCACAGCUGAACACAGUGGAGUCUAUAAACUACAGACCAGCAGCAGCAGAGGAACCUCGUUUCAAAGAUUCAUUGUUAAUGUUAAAGUCAUGAUAAUUUCAGUGGUGGAGGGACAAUCAGUCACUUUAUACCCUGAUAAUACUGGUGCACAGAAAGAUGAUCUGAUUGUGUGGAUGUUUGGAGAUGAAAACAAUCUCAUUGCUCGAAUGACUGGAAAGACCAGAGCAACAUAUGAAGGUACUGAUGGGAUAUUCAGAGACAGACUGAAGCUGGACAAGAGGACUGGAUCACUGACCAUCAGGAACAUGAGAACCGAACAAUCUGGACUUUACAAACUACAGAUGAGCAGCAGCAGCAAAGGAACCACAAACAAGAGAUUCAACAUUGUAAUAAAUUUGAAUAAUGUGUCAGUGAAGGAGGGAGAGGCUUUGGUUCUGAAGACUAAUGCUGAAAUACGGAAAAAAGAUACGAUUCUGUGGCUGUUUGGAGAUGAAAACACUCUCAUAGCUGAAAUCAAUGAAGGUAAUGGAAAUAUCUCUACAUUUGACGGCGUCAAUGAGAGAUUUGGAGGCAGUCUGGGGCUGGACAUUAGUACUGGAUCCCUGACCAUUAGAAACAUCACAACUGAACACACUGGAGUUUAUAAACAGAAGGUCAUCAGCAAAAAAGGGACCACAAUCAAGAGAAUUAAUGUUGCUGUGAGAGUGAGGAUGAUUUUAGGGGUGAAGGGCAAAUAUGUGACUCUAAACCCUGAUAUCGAAACACAGAGAGAUGAUCUUUUCCUCUGGAUGUUUGGAGAUGAAAACAAUCUGAUUGCUCAGCUGACUGGAGAGACCAAAGAGACCACAUACACUGAUGCCGAUGAGAGAUUCGGAGACGGACUACGGCUGGACAAGAACACUGGCUCUCUCACCAUCAAGAACAUCACAACUGGACCUUAUAAACUACGUAUCGUCAGCAGCAGAAGAAACUUGAACAGGAAAUUCAGAGUUUUCAUUUGUUGUGAGUCCGGUCCCAAGAUAGUGUCAGCAAUGGUGGGAGAAAGUUUAAUUCUAAUCACCGACUUUACCAUAGAAAGAGGUGAGCGGGUACAGUGGAGCUUUCAAGAUAAAACCCUAGCAGCUGGAAUGAAUGGGGACAUCAGUAAGACUGCAUAUGGUGAUGUGAGAUUCAAAGACAGACUGGAGCUGCAUCAUCAAACCGGAUCUCUGACCAUCAAGAACACCAGAACCAGUGACACUGGAGAUUAUCAACUAAAGUUCCUCAGUAGAAGCGGAAAGGUCAUUUGCUGGGAAUUCAAGGUCACUGUCUCUGAUUCUACAAUGAAUAGAUCAGCAAUUGUACUGAUGAAUGAAGGGGCUUGUGAAUAAGUGAAUAUGCAGCAGAUGACAAGUUUAGUUUGGAGUAAGACACACCCAAUCAUUCUGAAAUCAACAACUGAUUUUUAUGCACCUCUAGAAUACAUCCACUGAAAAUGAGAAAUGAACCUGUGCACUUCCUAAACUUAUAUAUAAUUUUUUUUUAAUUGUAUUAGAAAUUGUUUUGAUGAAGCUUUCUUAAAGUCACAGUAUGCAAUUUUCGCCACUGAUUUUUCGUCUUGUUAUGCUAGUUACAUUUAUAUUUCUCUAAAUUUUUUUAUUUCUCUAGAUUUAAACAUUCUUGGAAACAUGUGGGAUAGGCCUAAUGUAAGUACACAAGUAAACAAAAUAUAUAACAGUGUUUUUUGGAUAUUUUAAUAAAAACAAAUCUUACAUAUUUUAAGAUAUGUAAGAUACAAAAAUACAUCCAUGUAGCAGCACUAAAAGGUUAUAUACACCUGACCUAAGAGUGAUCAAGAUCCAUGCAUGAAUGAGAAAAAAGAGAGGGAUGUGCUAGAUGUUAAAUAGUAUUAUAAGGCGCAAUAAACAGCGAGCUCAAUGCUGACACACAGCUGAAGCGCGUCUUAAGUGGACAGAAGCGUAAUUUACUUGCCUAUGUCUGUGUCAUUAAUGUUAAACAAACAACAAAAGGCAAGAAGAAAAUCACUCACUGCUCUUGACUGAAUCAAUUUUGGAUCUUUUAUAAGAAUUAAUUCGUAUUUGAUUAAUAUAUGCAGUGUUUUAGUUAUACACUUGAUUAUUUGUUUUCUUUAGGAGGCCUAUUUCUACAUGCUAAAUAAACCCACUAGCUGAAUAUAUAUAUACUGUAUCUGUGUAUUUGAUCUUUCUGUUUGAUCAUUACUGUAUUCUGUUUAGUUGGUAACUAUUGUUUGUUUUAAAAAUUCUAAUUAAAAAUUAACGUGUAUGUGUAAAGUUUUAUUUUUCACAUUACAUUAUUUUUGAUCUUAUUAAGUUCUGAAAUCUGUUGUGUAACGGCUACUCUGUUAUUACCAAAUGGUGCUGAGAGGCUAAAACAGGAACUCAAUGCAUUUGUGAUGCAACAACAAUAAAAUAUUGGUGAGGCAAAA